AUGUGCACCAAAGCCGGCCCUCUGCUGCUGCUGCUCCUCGCCUGCUGUGCUUGGUCAGCAGAGUCUCAGAGUACCGGCAGGAGGCAAAGCAUCUGGGAUAAUCCCAUCAAAUUCAGCACCAAGAGCAAGGACUUGUGCACCAUGAUUGUCACCGGUCAAGGGGAUUACACCAAGCUGAGGGUGUCCUGCCAGAGCAACAAGCGAUCCUACUGGUGCGAAUACCUGGGCAGGCCUUACACCUGCCGCUCCUACAACAAAAACCCUUAUCACUACUUCCUCCAGAUGAUGUGGGGCCUCAGGAAGCUCCAGAAUGCUUGUAUGGCGCCGAAGCAGAUCAAGCCUCACAUGUGCAGAAAGGCAACAAACGAGUCUCACAUGGUCUUCUCGUCUGCUUCCUUCUCCCGUCCAGAGGCUUCGACAAGGACAGGAGUGAGACCACCAGUGGCAGCACAGCCUGCAAGAUCUCAACCUCGCCCUGCACCUACAAGGCCCAGUUUGACUAGGCAUCCUGCUAUUCCAAGAUACCCUGUAAGAGUGCAGACCCAACGCAGAACAAGUCCAGAACCUACUGCUCCAGCAGUGGAAAGCAAUGCGAAGAGGAUUGCUCAGAUGUACUGCUGGAGGUCCCUUCGUGGCGUCUGCUCCUACAUCAUUGGUUUGUUUAGGAAUUAA